UGACUUCCAAACAGGGAUAGUUAAACUCUCGUGACGACUUUUGAAUUUAAACAGGGUGCUAGAAAUAAACUUUUUUUUUUUCAAUUUAAACUUGCUUUUUUUUCUGCUUUGCUUAUCAUGUUUUCUCGUUCAACCUUAUUGAAGCCUACUUGGAAUCUUGUAAGAAACUAUAGCUCUCUUGCACAAGCUAUUCCUAUCCGUGUAAGCAACCAACGUACAAGACAGCCUGUUGGUAAUCGUCCUUUAAAGCCUGUUCAACCUUUAACUGGCUUGCAACCUCAACCACAACAGUCCCAAAAGCCCAAUUUAGGAAGACCCAGAAGAGAUGAAGAAAUCACCUCACGUUUUAUUACCUAUGUUGACGAACAAGGUCAAGUCCACAGUCGUUGUCGGGUAAUUGAUAUUUUAUCCAAUUGUGAUCGAUCUCGCUAUUUUCUUGUUGAAGUCGACCCUACUGCCAAACCCAAUCCAGUAUGUCGUUUGCUUGAUAAAAAAGUCAUGUUUGAAAAAGAAAAGCAAAACAAAAAGAAGAAACAAACAGCACCUGAAUCUGUUUUGAAAGAAAUUGUGUUUGGAUGGAACGUCAGUCCUCACGAUAUGGAGCACAAAUUAAACAAGGCAGUUCAGUUUUUGGAUAAAGGCAACAAAGUCAAGAUAGAAAUUGUCUACAAACGCGGACAAGUCCGAGUAGAUAAAGAAGGGCAACAAAAAGUGAUUCAAGCUGUUACUAGCAUGAUGGAUGAAUAUAAAUUGACAAAGAAGCCCGCUUUUGCUGGUCAAAAUUGUGCAAUGCAAUUCGAAAGAAGAUAAGACUUCUUGUUACCCUUCAUUUACCCUUACAUUUCUCUGUACAUUUCCCCUCAUAUAAUAAAAAAAUCUCCUCAUUCUUAUUUUUUAACUCUAA